AUGGAGCCCUUCUUGGGAACCUGGAAACUGGUCUCCAGUGAAAACUUUGAGGAUUAUAUGAAAGAGCUGGGAGUGAAUGCUGCGGCUCGCAACGCGGCCGUGUUAGUGAAGCCAAACGUAAUUAUUAGCAUGGAUGGAGACAAGGUGAAGAUGCGAACAGAAAGCUCUUUCAAGAACACCGAGAUCUCCUUCAAACUGGGGGAAGAAUUUGAUGAAACUACUGCAGACGACCGAAAUGUCAAGAGCAUCGUAACAUUAGACAGUGGCUCAAUGGUUCACGUCCAAAAAUGGCUCGACAAAGAGACAACAAUCAAAAGAAAAAUUGUAGAUGGAAAAAUGGUGGCGGAAUGUACCAUGAAUAACAUUGUCAGCACUCGAACCUAUGAAAAGGUGUGA